ACUUGGUCUACAAUAGAGGUGGCCAUCGUUCACAUGCUACCCUUGAUCGACUGCUUGUAGGUGGUCACUGAUUCCCAGAGGGCCACUUGACGUGCAACCAGUUCCCAAGAGACGCACUUAAUCUACAGUUAACGUGUGGUCGCUGUUUCUAAGGUGUACUUGAUCUUACGUUGAUGAUCUGCAAAGUAUGUUGGAAGAGGUUAAGUAAUAAUACAGCUCCCGGAGUAUUCCUCUGGGGCUUCAGGAAGACUAAGUCAGGGUUGACAUGCUUCAGGAUAUAUACAUCAGCCAAGACUGUGUCCAUUCAGCAGUGAGCGAGAAAUGAGAUAGAUAUAAUGGCGCUACAGGAGAGGAUGCUACUGCGUCUGGCUCCCAGACUCCGCUCUAGACGACGAGGAGACUCUGAAGACGCACUCUGUGUUCUGCAGGGCGUUCGUGAACCUGACCUUGCCAUCCGCCUCACCUCAGCCAACAAGAAGAAAGAUGAUGAAGUGGCUUACAACUUUAAGACGGGAUUGUAUGAGGUCGUUCAUGAGAACGAUCCGCUGCUACACCUCCUUACACUGCCCUCACGUAUUAUCCAUAAAAGCGAAGCGCCGCCCACAGCCAUUACUCUGCCGCCCGUCGUCCAAGAAUCCUCCGACUCAGAGACAGAGGACUGCGCCUCAAUACCUCAUAAUGAGGUGGAAGAUUUAUACUCCGAUGUAGUGUCCAAGGAAGAGCUGGCCAGGAUUGAUGCCCAACCCAACCCUUUUAACUUCAGCGAGCGCGUCUCCCAGACAGCUAGACUUGCUAAGAGGAACUUGAGUAUUCAGACUGAGCCGCCUCCUAGCACAGCCUACUCAGAAAAUGUCAGUCUGUUUGACAUUUACUUCGCUUACAAAGAAGACUACACAAUGGUGCUCCGGCGAGAACUGGAGAUGGAGAAGGAGAAAGAGAAGGAAAGAGAGAGAGAGAGAGGACCGCCAAAACCAAAGCAAACACUGGACCCGAUACUAGUUGUAGAACCACAGCCACAUGAGGAGUUUGGUAAAGUGUCCCUCAACCUACCAGGACUCCACCUAGCAGCUACACACGUCGAGAGGAUGAUCAACCAAAAUAUCUACGACGAUAUUUCACAAGACUUCCGGUACUGGGAGGACGGGGGAGAUGAGUUCCGGCCGCUGGAAGGGUCGCUCUUGCCGCUCUGGAAGUUCCACCACGACAAGUCUCGCUUCCUGAUCGUCGCUGACAUCUGCUGGAGUCCCGUCUACCCUGAUCUCUUCGCCGCUGCCUACACCGCUGGAGACAUAGGUGGUCCGGAGGGGUGUGGGAUGCUGUGUCUCUAUACCUUGAAGAAUCCCGCCACACCUGAGAGAGUCUUCCACACACCCUGCGGGGUGCUCUCCCUCAACUUCCACCCCAAGCAUGGUAGUCUGGUGGCCGCUGGAUGGAGUGACGGUACCGUGGUAAUGUAUGACGUCCGGUCAUCUACCUGUCCAGUGAUCAUACCAUCCAGCACCACGGCCGGCAAACACUUCCUUCCAGUGGUACAGGUGCGGUGGAUGCAGACGGCACCUGGAGAGGAUCCCAGUUUUUUCUCUGUGGCACUGGACGGCCGCCUGACACAGUGGACUGUACAUGCGUCGUCGCUCCAUCAUACUGACAUUCUCGACUUCAACAUCGUGGACCAGCUGGCUGCAAAUUUGCCUGCACAUGACAGAGAACUGCUGGAGGGUGUAGCGACGUGUAUGGCAUUCCGUCCAGAUGAUGAGAGUGUGUUGUUGGUGGGCGUGAACACGGGCGUAGUGUUCCAGUGUUCCACCACCUCAGCUACCCACUCAAUCUUCCAGUACCCCGCCCACACCUCCCCGGUCAGGAGGGUGAUGUGGAACGCUCACUAUCACAAGGUCUUCCUCUCCUGCUCCGUUGACUGGACCAUCAAAAUAUGGCUCCAGUUCUCCAGGUCACCACUGGUUGUGCUGGACCUCGGAGGGGCGGUAGCAGGAGCCACCUGGUCACCAUACAGCAGCAGCGUCUUCGUGGCAGUAACAGACGAAGGUCGUGUACACGUGUAUGACCUCUUCCUGAGACGGUGUCGUGCGAUGUGCGUACAAAGUUUAGUUCAGCGCAGGCGCAUUGCAGCAACUUGUGUCGCCUUCAACCCCUUCCACCCCAUCAUCCUAGUGGGAGGCGAGAAAGGUCACCUGGUGGCUAUGAAGCUCUCACCCAACCUCAGGAAGCCCCACAAGGAUGCCAAGGGUGCCGACGCCCAGCAGCUGCAGGAAAUCGAGCUGUGCAAGAUGGAGCGACUCAUCGCGACUGCUAACAAGGGUUGAAAUAGACUGUAACAGCCUCUUAAUGUUUACCUGUGGUAUCUCUCAGGACAGCUGAGUCUGACAAGUUCACAAAUUAACGUUUAUGAACUGUGUCAGAAUGUCAAACAUGCCGAGGUAAAAAGAACAGAUUAUUUUUUAUAGGAUUAGUCCCCCCCGGGGCGCUACAACCACCUAGGGUUUGGCUUCUUUCCUAUGGGGUCUUCGGAUCCUCUUUCCAGGGAUAUGACCAACAAAAGUCGGCUUACUCCUAGGAACAUGAAAAGGCUGUUACUUGGGCAAUGUUUUGCUAGGUACACAGUAAGAGAAAAUGGGCCACUUCCCUUUCUUACCCUACCACCCUCCACCAUCCCAUCCUUUUCCUAUAUUUCUAUCCUUACCCAUCCUUCUUCCUUCCCCAUCUUACCCAUCCUUCUUCCUUCCCCAUCUUACCGAAGCUUUGGUCAUACAAGUUCAAAGUAGAAGACAGACAUGCCCAUACAUUAUACCUUGAUUCAAUAGGCCGAGAGUCGUAUGUUCUUCCUCUGAGGUUUCUUAUAUUUUCUCCCUGAAUUUUGUACAUAUGUGCGUAAGUGGUGCUCCUGUACAUACAUUCUGAACCAUUUAUCUCGGAAUGUCAUAUGUGUCACAAGCCUAAACAGCAUUAUUAACUACAGUGAGAAACGGGAGAUGUUUAUAGUUAAAAAAAUUUGCAACAGGCGCAUAAAGUGUAUUUAUCUGCUUGAUAUUAAAUAAGUACAAAGAAAAGAUAAUAGUUUAUGUUAAGAUUAUGUCCGAAAGAUUGCGAUACAUGUCCUCAUUACUUGUACAGCCUGUUGUUACAGCCUACUUGUACAGAUUUACGCAGGUUUCGGACAUUAUCGCCCAUGCAAUCCGGUUUCGGACUAGGCCUCUUGAAUAAUGCUCUGGUUAACUAAGCUGUUCGUGCUAGCUAACCGUAUUCCUUCGAAGGCACACUGUGUAAGUGUAUAUUGUAACUCUGAUAUAUCGUCUGGUUCAUGUUAAGUCAGGGUACAGGAACUAGGUUUGAGUCAUAAGUUAGAAACUACAAACUGCUACAAUCUCAGGAAUAACGAUGAACACGUCAUUAACAACUGUGUCAACAAUAACACCUCUAACAAACAUUACACUAGUAACAACUCUAUCUAAAGUACCUUUGGAACAAUUAUAACAGCAACAGUAUUUGGAAAAUCAACAGAAACGAUUACAAAAACAUUUGUAUUGAAAUCAACAUUUGCAAUAAUUGUAUCAACUGAAAUAAUAACUGCAACAUCUAUAAUUGUGUUAAACUUGCAAUAACAAUUGCAGCACUUGCAAUAUAUGAAACAACAACAGUUCAACUAUAAUUGUAUUAAUUAUAACAACUAAUGUAUUGCAUGAAACUACAAUUCCAACAACUGUAGUAAUAACAACAAUUACAUAAUUUUCAACAAUAAAUGAACAAAUCGACAAUAUACAACCCUUGUAUAAAAUUCAACAAAUCCUGCAGCAACCGAAGAAAUUUCAACAACAGUAAGACAAAAACAGUAAUAGUUGCACAAAUUUCAACAAUACUUAUCUGUGCAACAACAACAACUGCAUAAUUUGUGUAUAAAGUUCAACAACAACUGUAUAAGGUUGCAAUACAGGAAUUACAACAACUUCGACAGUAAUAACUAAUGCAAUUGCAUCACUUGCAAAAAGUGUAAUAAAUAUACUUGUGUCAGUUGCAAUAACAUAUAUGAGAUUACAUGCAACGUCAAUCACAUCAACUAUUCUAACAAUAACCACUUUUGUAUCAGCUGCAGCACCAAUAAUUAUAAAAAUAUAACAAUUAUAACAACCCUAAAAAUAUAACAGCUAUAACAAUUAUAAAAACAG